AUGCCUAACUCAAGUGAGCAGUCGCAUUUUGGUGGCUCUCGGGGCCAGCGUGGUCCUGAGUGGACUGAAGGUCAGAACGACAGGGCUGCAAGUCGCUGUCAUUACUGUGGCACCAUUGCGGCUCGUAGGAAUUCUUUGGGUGGGGGAGACGGAGGAGUGUGGUUUCACUAUCAACCAGAUCUCGGGAAGAAACCAGAUCCAGACCCCCAGGAGUCCCUGUACAGGCAGAUCCAGGACCGGCAUGAGCGGCUGCUACUGAGGAAGAACUCAGCGCCCGAUCUGAACAACAGCGUCUUCCUCAGGCAAGUGAUGGCAGGCCGGGCCUCUGCACCACCUCAGGAUUACUACCUGGCUGAUGCUACCUUAUCUAGUCAGCUAGCUGAAGAGUCUGGGUUUUAUAGGGAUAACCAGCACCUGCUCACCAGAUCAGCCUCGCAUUAUGGGCCCAGCGCUGGGGGGGUGAGGCCUACCUGGGAUCAAGGACAGGCGCGAGCCACACCUUCCGUGCUGCCAUCCGCCUCAACACCUACCCCUGUGCCUCCUCCCCCUCCCCCCCCGCCCCCGCCUCCUCCACCACCUCCUCCCCCUCCCGUUCACGAGCUGAGCCGUUUGUACAGGGAAACUCUGGGAUCUAAGAUGAUCCCGGACGUCCACCGUAUUGGUGGCAGCUCUCCCUCUCCUGCGCUUUACGGGGUCCAGCCCCCUCUACCUAUUUACGCUGCUGAGCCACCGUCUUUCACAGCACGCCAGGCUUAUAACAACAUCAACAGCUUGUCCCUGGGCCCCUGCCAGCCAGCGGCCACCAGUUCAGUGGUGGACCCAGCCACUCAGGGAAUGGACGGAGCUCUCCCUCGGGCUUACGGAGCUGUAGCCUCCCAGAGGCUGCCUUAUGACCCAAGCUAUGACCCCAGCUCAGCCAUGGUGGCUGCCACAGCUGGAAUGACCUCUGGCCUUCCUCCUCACCAUCCCAGCGCCGCAGACCCAAAGAAAAUGGUGGAUCCGAACUUCUUGGCUUUCCUGCGGGCUGAAGGUUUGGCCGAAAGCACCAUCACUCUUCUUCUGCAACAUGGCUUUGAUUCCAUGGCCACGCUGGGGAUGAUGGAGGACCAUGAUGUCCGCUCUGUGGCGCCUAACCUGGCCCAAGCUCGUGUGCUCUCCCGUGUGAUGCUUGGUUGCAAGGCAAGUGGGGCGGCAACGCGUGCCCGAUCCAACAGCUUCAGCCAUCGCAAUGACCUUUACAUGCAGCCCCAGGGUUUGACCAUGGACCCCAACCUGAUGCAGCAGCCUCCCACCACCAUCCAAACCGUGUCCCCAAGGAUGGGAGAGUUUCUUGGGAGAAGACCGAGCAGCGCACCCUCCCAACACCUCUUGGAGACUACCACUUACCCAGUAGCACGGCCCAUGGCAACUGGAGCUUUCCCAGUCAGCCCUGGAGGUUAUGGCAGCGCCCUGACUCAAGCAAGACCCUUCUCCAUGUACAAUGCUCACACCGGUCUCACCAUGUCUGCUCUUGGACAACAGCCUCCACCAGCUCCUGGCACCCCUGGAGCAGCACCCAAAACCUUCUCUGGCUCUUACUCCCCCAUGGAGCUGAUGAAGAGAGCCCCCAACCUUCCCCCGCCGUCGCCUGUGGCAGCAUCAAGCCCCCUUCACAGCCCCCAACUUCUCCGGAAAGGGAUAAAUGCCGCCACUGAGAGUACCAUUGUUCCUGUAACUUCUUCGUCCACUCUCCAAGCGCAAAACCUUAACAACACCAAGAUGGUAGGACGUCGGACUGGUCCACCUGUCAUAGUCUCAACCAUGGCCACCACGCCUGACACAAGUAUUCGGCCCCAAAUCAUGAAUGGGCCUAUGCAUCCGCGCCCCCUGGUGGCGCUGCUGGACGGGCGCGACUGCACCGUAGAGAUGCCCAUCCUGAAAGACUUGGCGACUGUCGCCUUCUGUGAUGCUCAGUCCACACAAGAGAUACAUGAGAAGGUGCUCAACGAAGCAGUGGGAGCCAUGAUGUAUCACACCAUCACCCUGACCAGAGAGGACCUGGAAAAGUUCAAAGCCCUACGCAUCAUCAUCCGCAUUGGCAGCGGCUACGACAACAUCGACAUCAAGGCUGCUGGAGAGCUGGGCAUCGCUGUGUGUAACAUUCCCUCGGCAGCUGUGGAGGAGACGGCAGACUCCACCCUGUGCCACAUCCUCAAUCUUUACCGGCGGAACACCUGGCUCUACCAGGCUCUCCGGGAGGGCACGCGGGUCCAGAGCGUAGAGCAGAUUCGUGAGGUGGCGUCAGGCGCCGCCCGUAUUCGUGGUGAAACCCUGGGCCUUAUCGGCUUUGGUCGUUCGGGCCAGGCAGUGGCGGUGCGGGCCAAGGUUUUCGGCUUCAACGUCAUCUUCUACGACCCCUACUUGCAGGACGGCCUGGAGCGCUCGUUGGGCGUCCAGCGCGUCUACACCCUGCAGGACCUGCUCUACCAGAGCGACUGCGUCUCCCUGCACUGCAACCUGAACGAACACAACCACCACCUCAUCAACGACUUCACCAUCAAACAGAUGCGUCAGGGUGCAUUCCUGGUAAACACUGCGCGGGGAGGCCUAGUGGAUGAAAAGGCCUUGGCCCAGGCGCUGAAAGAGGGCAGGAUACGUGGAGCCGCCUUGGACGUUCAUGAGACGGAGCCCUUCACUUUUGCUCAGGGCCCACUGAAAGAUGCUCCGAACCUGAUCUGCACGCCACACACAGCCUGGUACAGUGAGCAGGCCUCUCUGGAGAUGAGGGAGGCAGCAGCCACUGAGAUCCGAAGAGCCAUCACUGGCCGAAUCCCUGACAGCCUAAGAAACUGCGUCAACAAGGAGUUCUUCGUCACAACAGCACCAUGGGCAGUUAUGGAUCAACCAGGCGUUCACCCUGAGCUCAACGGCGCCGCCUACAGAUACCCGCCGGGCGUAGUUGGAGUGGCUCCAGGCGGCAUCCCAGGGGCGUUAGAGGGCAUGGUGCCUGGUGGGGUGCCCAUUGCCCACACUCUGCCCUCUGGUACACACCCCUCCCAGGCCCCGUCGCCCAACCAGCCCUCCAAACACGGCGAGACCAGAGAGCACCUCACCGAGCAAUAGCAGCAGAAGGGAUCCAAAACGGCAACAUCUCAUCCGACCUGUCGACACUCAGAACCAACCAAUCACAAAGCAAACAACCAACUGGGACCAAGAGACAGUGAAUCAACACAAGCGGCUGCCUGUUAAACCAGUCAGCAACUGGGAACAGAGGAAGUGUUCCGGGGAAUUUGUACUUUUAACGUUUUAGUUUUUACUCUCUGUCUCUUUGGGUUCAGUACCGACUUUACUCUUUGAUGAUGAUGGGUUUUUUUCCUUCGGGACAUGCCUAUGAUUGUGGACACAGAGUCCAGUGUUUUUAGCGCUCCGGGAUUACCCGAUGAGACUCUGUCCCGCCCCCUCUCACACCUCAGAGCUCAUGGGAAACGUAGGCCCACAUCUCAACACUCCAGUGGGCAAACAAGGAAAACUUUUGGCAUCAUGUGCUACUGGACCUUAUCUCCUCCCUCUCUCACCCCUCCUGAUCCUCCCCACCUCCCCUCCACCCAGCUCCCACCCUCCUUAUGUAACUAAUGUGUGUUGUUUAGGCCCCUCAUUAUGCCUCAGAAGAGAAUUAUAAUUUUUUUUCUUUCAAUCUUCAGUGUGAAUGACUAAAAAUGGAUUAUUGACUAUAUAUAUUUAUCAUUCGUCAAACAAAAGGAAAAGAUUGCUCAUCAGUUAUAGUAAUCUAGAGUGGGUUUUAACCCUUUCCUGGCAAUAAUACAUAAAGUUGCAGUUACAUGAUUUCACCACUUGAGGGCACUUCUAUACAGUGUGGUGGGUUUCUCCUGACGUCCACAAGUUAUUCCAAUAUAUUUUGUGAGUAUUCUUAAAACUCUAAACAAAACACUUUAUACAUUUCAUUGUAGCUGAAUUUUGAGGGAGCUACCAGCUAAGUAUUUAACUUUUCUCUUUAGUUGUUAAGAGUUGUUGAUGUGUCAGUGUGACUGUGAGCCGUGACGAAGGAAACAUUUUUUUAUAGUCAUAAAAAAUAAUGAAGUUUGGUGUGACUGCAUCUGAUUCUUCUGUUAACAAACUGGGACGUUUCUGACAACCAAUCUCAUCUUUGAGCACAUUUCAUGCUGAAGACAGGAAAGGGUUAAAGCAAACUUAAUUUCUUAAUGACUCAGGAAAACACUUUUUUGCAGAUAUUGUUUAUUCCCAGAAUUUUGUCUUUGAGAAAAAAAAGAUAAGACUAAUCUGGUUAGUCUGGAUAUUUUCUCUCCUCCCUCAUCCUCUCCAUUGUGGUAUUUUUAUAUACAAGGCGCAUCCCACGUUUUUGGUGUUUAAAAGAGUUUUGAAGAGUCCUGUUAGAUUUGUAAUGCCUAGUUAAAUGUUCCUAUAACCAUAGUCCUAUGUGAUCCGCCCCUCUCUCUUCUCUCCUUAUUAUAUUUUCUUUGUUCUAUUGAAGGCCAGGUUCUUUGGGGCAUCCUGUACUCUGUAAGAGCAAUAGCAGAAACUCCUACUUAGUGUCCCAACAAUAGCAGAAGAGGCAGCCAGCAGUAUGUUUUUGUUUUUAGUGUGAGUAUUUGUAUUUGUUUCUUGUACAAGGUGAACAUUUAGCAUUCAGUGCAGUUCAAAUAAAAGAUACGAUUCUGAGAACCAGCUGUCUGUACCAGCUUCAUUUUUAACACUUUUGUUGUGCUUUCUUACUUUGAAGCUACAGUUGGUGACUUAACUCUGAUACUAUUGGAAAUUAUAUCUUUGUUACAGUGGAGAAAGCAAUUUUUGAAUCACUGGAUGCUACCAAGAGGGUGAGGCAGAAAUGCAAAUGUUUGAUUUUGGCCAAAAUCUCAAACAUUUUGUGUCUUUUUUUUCCAAACGGGAUUCGGUUUUGCAGGUCAGAGCUCCUACAGUGAUCUGGACUAUAUUUAGAUGCUGUGAACUUUAUUGACUGUCCUUGAGUGUGAUACAUUAUCGAACUGGCGCAUCAAUUUCAAAACAUUCCCAUCCACCAUCACCCGCUGAAGUCAAACAGUCAAACAUAACCACAAGGAAACAAACAGGGUGCAAGUGAGUCAAAUUUAAUAUUAAUGCACUCUAUAGAAAGAGGCAGAGUGUUUGGUUUGCUUUUUUCCCCACCAGUGUCACCACCACCCACUCUUACAUGACAAGGAGCUACUAAAUCACACAUAAAAAUGUCAGUAAACUUGUACGUCCUUUUCCCCCUUCCCCUCACAGAAUGUAGGUAUCAUCUGUGCAAAAUAAAAUACUUCAAGACUGAACGGAUCAAACGGAACACAGAUAAAACGGGGCAGAACAAAGGUGUCGCCUCCGCGCGCUAAAUCUCCUAGACAAAUAAAUAAAUCCAAACAUCAGGAGGGGUUUGGAGAGGGAUGGGGAAAACAGGUGCUCUUUUACACCUUAACAUACACACAAGGAUCAGCAUCCUCUUGACUUUUAAGCAACAUUUCUGUCAGGCAAUUCUGUAAAUGAAAUUUCUCAUCUAAUGCGGCUUUGGGAUUUCCUUAAAUACAUUAUAAUUUCCUAUAUGUCCUAGUAUUUGUGUCAGGUCGAGAUAAUUACUUUGAUAAGAAAUAA